GCUGGCUGCCUCGGGCCAGAUGGGAGACAUGCGAUAUGCAGAAAAUCGGUCACUUUAUUGACGGCAAGCACGUGGAAGGUACGUCUGGUCGUUUUGCCGACGUCUACAACCCGGCGACGGGAGAAAUCCAGGCGCAGGUUGCGCUCGCCAGUCAGGCUGAAAUGGACGCUGCGAUCGCCAAUGCCGCAGCGGCACAGCGCGGAUGGGCUGCAACCAACCCGCAGCGUCGUGCCCGAGUCAUGAUGAAAUUCGUCGACCUGCUCAACCGCGAUAUGGACAAGCUCGCGGAAGCUCUGUCCCGUGAACAUGGCAAGACGCUUCCGGAUGCCAAGGGAGAUGUUAUCCGUGGUCUGGAAGUUGCCGAAUUCUGCAUUGGUGCCCCACAUCACCUGAAGGGUGAGUUCUCUGAAGGUGCAGGUCCCGGCAUCGACAUGUACUCCAUGCGCCAGCCGCUCGGUGUUGUCGCCGGUAUCACGCCGUUCAACUUUCCGGCCAUGAUACCGAUGUGGAAAUUCUGUCCGGCUAUCGCUUGUGGCAACUCGUUCAUUCUCAAGCCUUCCGAGCGCGAUCCGUCCGUGCCGAUCAUGCUGGCGGAACUGAUGAUCGAAGCAGGGUUGCCGGCGGGUGUCUUGAACGUUGUCAACGGCGACAAGAGCGCGGUUGACGCUAUCUGCGACGCCGAGACCAUUCAGGCCGUCGGUUUCGUCGGUUCCACACCGAUCGCCCAGUAUGUCUAUUCCCGCUCGACAGCAAACGGCAAGCGGGCACAGUGCUUCGGCGGUGCCAAGAACCACAUGAUCAUCAUGCCGGAUGCCGAUCUGGAUCAGGCUGCCGAUGCACUGGUCGGUGCUGGCUAUGGUGCUGCCGGCGAGCGUUGCAUGGCUGUUUCUGUUGCCGUUCCUGUCGGUGAAACGACUGCAAAUGCGCUCAUUGAGAAGCUGGCGCCCAAGGUUGAAGCCUUGAAAAUCGGGCCGUAUACCGCUGGCAAUGACGUUGAUUUCGGACCGCUCGUCACAAAGGAAGCACUUGGUCGUGUCAGGGGACUGGUGGACCAGGGUGUCAAGGAAGGCGCGAGCCUGGUCGUCGAUGGCCGUGAUUUUUCCAUGCAGGGCUAUGAGGACGGUUUCUUCAUGGGAGGAUGCCUGUUCGACAACGUCACCAGGGACAUGGACAUCUACAAGACCGAAAUCUUCGGCCCUGUCCUGUCUGUUGUGCGUGCUGAGACUUACGAAGAAGCCCUGGAUCUGCCGCUUAGCCAUGAAUACGGAAACGGCACUGCGAUAUUCACGCGUGACGGCGACACCGCGCGCGAUUUUGCUUCCCGGAUCAAUAUCGGCAUGGUCGGCAUCAAUGUGCCGAUCCCUGUGCCGCUUGCCUAUCACACCUUCGGUGGCUGGAAGAAAUCCGGUUUCGGAGACCUGAACCAGCAUGGUCCUGACGGUUUCAAGUUCUACACACGGACCAAGACCGUGACCUCCCGCUGGCCGUCGGGCCUGAAGGACGGUGCCGAGUUUGUCAUUCCGACAAUGUAG